GCACGUGACCGAGCGCAGUUCUUAUCAUCACGUGCAGCUGCGAUAACAAAACCAACACGCACCUUUUUCCUCCUUCGACCUCGUUGUCCAAGUCGAUGCAACCGCAACACAAGCCGGUUCCCCUCCAACGAUUUCGCGCUCCGAGUAGCGAUGCUCCGUCUACAAGGGCUAGGCAUUCCUUAUAGGCUCGGCUGGGAUGAUGUUCCCUCCAAAGCCGUUGUCAGCUUCCCAAACCAACCCAUUGGGAGUGCUCCUUAUGCUCGAAUCGGUUGCCACUAAAGGAUCCCAGUCCACACUUCGAGAUGCUUGUUAGGGGAAACGGCCAGUAUCAUUUCGGGACAGGUAUCAGGAUGCGGAAGCCGAAUGUAACCGGAGAUCCUUUUUCGCUGCAUAGUGCUCACGGUGGGUUUUGUGUUAUUCUGAUACCAGCACGGCGGUUGAAAAUCGAUCUUGCACACGAUAUUUAUCAGUAAUGGCAAUUCUUUCCUCCUCCUCCCACGACACACCAACAGGAGAGUGGCAGAGUCUGUGCCUGAAUCGUCGGGUCUCGUUUACGUCGAAAGGAAAAUGUCUUCCUCGGAGCCAACUUUCCCGAUAAUCUACACGGAAAGACUUCAGCUCCGGGUCUUCGACCCAGCGCGCCCCUCCGACUACGACGCCGUCUUGGGCAUAUACGACAGCGACUUCAUCAGGCGAACGGUGGGCAACCCGGGCCUGCACGCCCGCGACGACGUCGACACUCGGUGCGCAAAGUUUCAUCCCCGUCCCAAGGAUGUUGAUCCCGCGGCACCCUUCCCCACGCACCCCUGGCAUCUGAUCUACCUCCGCGGGACGGAUACUCUGGUCGGCGUCAUCUCCCUGUUCCACCGCCACCCGCUCCCGUACCCGGACUUGGGCUACGCCGUCGUCGAAGGGCACAUGAACCGAGGCUACGCGACCGAGGCCGGGAAGGCCGCGCUGCGCUGGUGGACGGAAGAGAUGUGUGUGCGGGAUAUCUGGGCGGCCGCGUUCGACACGAACGUCGUCAGUCACAGGGUCGCGCAGAAGAUCGGAUUCGUCGACGGAGGGUCGAUCAGGUUGGUGCUCUCGGACACGCUGGUCAAGGAAGGCAAGGCUUUCGUCCAGCCGGAGAUGGGGCGGCGUUUGGAUGGGUUGACCAUUGAUGUCCGCCCAAAGUGAGCCUGGGUGUCUGUGUCUGUGUUUGUGGCUUCAGGGAACUUUGUCGACAGUCCGUCACAUCUCGAGUGGGUUUCUUUUCCGGGGAUCUUCUCUUUCUCCUUCUUCUAUUAUCUCCCUCUCCCGUUGUGGCGAUGUCGUUUUGUUCAAUGCAUUCAUUGUCCUGUACCAGAUCUACCCAUUUGCAAUAUAGACUAGUCUAGAUCUCCCCACCAAAAAAAAAAAGUUUCG